AUGCCCAGCGUUGACGAAGUCAGAAAGGUUCUUCACGCUCUCGAUCGCAACGGCGACGGGAAGAUUUCCGCCGAUGAACUGAAGGCUUUCGCAGAUGACGCGAACUGUCCUUUGGAUGUCACAACGAUCAAGAAAUUCAUUGCCGAACACGACAAGGACCAGGACGGCAAGCUGAAUCUGAACGAGCUGGUUUCCAUAUUGUCAAAUUGA